UUGAAGGAAGGUUCUACCAGUUCCUGCCCGGCUCGGUGAGUGCUCCCUCACUGCUACUACGGUCCAGGGCGCAGAGGAAGCUCAGACUCGGGGACAAAUUCCCCCGAGGUUUGCAACGACAAAAGUGCCGCUUGUGCGUAGCAGAGGGAGCCGAGAAGAUGACUUUAUCCUGCCUCUAUCUGGGUGUCUCAGAUAUCUUGGAAAACCAGUUGUAUCCCGGAGUUGACUGUUGAUGGCCCUUACUGUUGGGGGAUGCACAUUGGCACUUGUUUUUAUAACCACGUGGCUGUUGAUUCAAGCAAAUAUAGAUGUGUGCCCCAAGGGCAAUGUCAUAGCGAAGCCUUCCCACGUGAUUUCCCUUGGAUCAGCUGUCAAUAUUUCCUGCUCUCUGAAGAACAAUGCCAGUGCUAACAAGUUAAUCCUCGAACGGGAAGGCAUACAAAUCGCUUCUGGUCGGGGGAGUUUCAUCAGUGCUCAAGUCACUCAUCUCCCCCUGGGGAAAACCUUGUUUGUCUGCAAGCUGGUCUCUGCCCACAGGGCAGAGAUCUGGCCAGUGUGCGGAGUAGUGAUCUCAGUUGGAGUAGUUCCAGAGCAGCCUCAAAACUUGUCUUGUGAACAGACGGGAGAACGUGGGACUGUGGCCUGCACAUGGAGCCGAGGGAGAGACACGUAUCUGUAUACAUUACAGUUUAAUGGGCCAAAAAAUUUAACUUGUCAGAAGCAAUGCAGGAAGGAUUGCCCUGAGUGGCUGGAUCUUGGAAUCAACCUACCCUCUGAGUAUUCUGAAUCCACGUUCACAGCCAAGGUCACUGCCACCAAUAGUCUUGGAAACACUUCUUCACUUCUGUCUACAUUUACAUUCUCAGACAUAGUGAAGCCUCUCCCUCCAUGGAACAUGAGAAUCAACUUUCUCAAUGCUUCUUCAAGCAGAUGCACCCUUCAAUGGGAAGAUGAGGGCUGGGUGCUGCUGAAUCGACUUAGAUAUCGGCCCAAGAGCAGCAGCUUCUGGAAUAUGGUUAAUGUCACAACUGCCCGAGGAAAACAUGAUUUGCUGGAUCUGAAGCCAUUUACAGAAUAUGAAUUUCAGAUUUCCUCUAAGCUACAUUAUAAAGGAAGCUGGAGUGAGUGGAGUGAAUCAUUGAGAAUACAAACACCAGAGGCAGAGCCUACUGGGAUACUAGAUAUCUGGUACAUGAAGCAGCAUGUGGACUACAAUAGACAACAGAUUUCUGUUUUCUGGAAGAAUCUGAGUGUGUCAGAGGCAAGAGGACAAAUACUGUACUAUCAGGUGACCUUGCAGGAGGUGACAGGGAGGAAAAUUAUACUACAGAACAUCACGGGCUAUACCUCCUGGACAUGGGUCAUUCCCAGAACUGGGACGUGGACUGCAGCUGUGUCUGCAGCCAACUCAAGAGGAAGUUCCCUGCCCACUUAUAUUAAGAUAAUGGAUCUGUGCAGCACUGGGUCUUUGGCUCCUCGUGAGGUCUUUGCAAACUCAGAGGGCAUGGAUGACAUUGUGGUGGCCUGGCGGCCUCCCAGAAAAGCUACCUUUGCUAUUCAGGAGUAUGUGGUUGAAUGGAAGUCAUUCCAUCCAGAGGCCAGCAUGCAGCCCCCUCUAAACUGGCUGAGGGUCCCCUCCUACAAUGUGUCAGCUCUGGUAUCAGAGAAUAUAAAGCCCUACAUAUGUUAUGAGAUCUGCGUGCAUGUGCUAUCAGAGGGUGGAAGAGGAUGCAGCUGUGUCCAGGGUAGCUCCAAGAACAAAGAACCACGGAGUGGCCCCCACAUCAACACCAUCACAGAGGAAAGUGGGAGUGCUUUUGUUUUCUGGAACCACAUCCCAAUCCAAAACCAAAUGGGCUGCAUCCUCCAUUAUAAGAUAUACUGGAAGGAGCGAGACUCCAAGUCCCAGCCUGAGCUCUGUGAAAUUCCUUACAAACCCUCCCAAAAUUCAUUUUCAAUUAAUAAGCUGCAUACCAGAGUGACAUAUAUCCUGUGGAUGACAGCUCUGACAGCUGCUGGUGAAAGUCCCCAGGGAAAUGUGAUAGAAUUUCGUCUACAAGGUAAAGCCACUUGGAAAGCAUUUGUGGUAUCAAGCAUUUGUACUGCCAUUGUCAUCGUGGGCAUCUUCUCUACACAGUACUUCCGGCAAAAGGUGUUUGUUCUCCUUUCUGCUCUCAGACCUCAGUGGUGCAGCAGAGAAAUCCCAGACCCAGCAAACAGCACUUGGGCCAAGAAAUAUCCCAUUGUGGAGGAAAAGAUGCAGCUGCCCUGGGACUGGAUCCAGGUGGCCCUGUGUGCUCCUGAAGAGCCGGAACCCCUGGUCAUCAAUGAAGUUCUUCAAAUGACCCCAAUUUUCCAACACUCACAAUGCACCAAGUGGCCAGAAAGAAGACCAGAUAUGCAAGGUCACUUUACCUCUAAAGAAGACAUUGCAUACAGUAGCUCCAGUUUACAACCUUCAAGAGCUCUUACAGCUGAGACAAGACAACUGUACAAGGUGCUUGGAAGCAGGGGUCAUGACUCAAAGCCAGAAAACCCAGCCAGUCCCUUGAUGGUCCUCCCAGUGGACUACCUACCCAACCAUGAGGGCUACUUACCUUCCAACAUAGAGGAGCUUCCUCCACAGGAGGCUCCUCUCACUGACCCUUUAGAAGAACUAGAGCCACAGCACAUCUCUCUCUCUAUUUUUGCAUCUCAUUCCCUUCACCCACUCACCUCCUGUGGUGAAAAGCUGACUCUGGAUCAGUUAAAGAUGGGAUGUGACUCCCUCCUACACUGAAUGAAGCUUAAAAUCUGGAAAGCCAAUGUGUUCCCAAACCAGCCCAGCAUGCCCAAUCUACCCACCCCUACUCACCAUCUUUGGUAGCAUCAAAUCUGGCUGUAGCUAGAGGACAGGCCAGCCAGUUCUUGGUUCUAAGAGUUGGCCUUUCCCAGGGCCAACUCCGACAUUGUAGACCUAGAAACUGUAACUUCGGAUCCUGGCAACUUCUUAGAUACACUGACCAGGAAAAGGGGAUGGGAGUGGAGACCAAAUUCUGAGUAACAACGGUAAAGAUCCAGAAGAUCAUUCAUGGAACAACUAUCUUUGAGUAUGUACUAUUCAACGGAAUUGACAUCACAGAAAUGCUCUGUCUGCAGUCAAUAGAGUAGACAAUAUUCACAUAUUAGACUGUGUCUAGCAUGACCACAGAAAUGAAUGUUUACAGUAAAUAGCCAUACAUGGUUUAUAGCUGCUAUACAGAAUACAACUCUAAAAGGUAAAUUAGAAAGCCUUCAAAACAAAUAAAACAAGAUAGGGUGUGAAUAUGACCAAAGUAUAUCAUACACAUUAAUAAAAUGCCAUGAGGAAACACCUUAUGAUGCACAAUAUGCCAGUAUUUUUCAAUCAACCUAGUUUUAUGGCUGAGACAUAAGACUCUGGUGAACUCUAAUGUAAAAGGGCACUCAAGAUGUCAUGACUGUAUCUUUAGACAUCUUUUUCCCAACUUUCCUAAUUUGUUUUUUGUUAGUUGUAGGGCUUGAAUUCAAGGACUGGGUGUGGUAGCGU